CAGAGAAUCGCACCAGUGACUAUAUGACUACAAGGCCAGGGGAAAACUAAUGGCAUCAAAGCAGCAGGUUUCUCAUUGUCCCCUCUUCAGGAGGGCAAGAGCAAGCAUAUCCACUGCAUCCCAGGAAGAAUCCAGUGACACCAUGACUAGAGGGAACCAGUCCAGUAACACAGUGACCAGAAUGAGCCGCCCAACUGCAUCACAACAAGCAUCCAGUGACACCAUGAACAGAGGGAACCAGCCCACUGAAUCACAGCAGGCGCCCAGUGACACCAUGAACAGAGGGAACCAGCCCACUGAAUCACAGCAGGCGCCCAGUGACACCAUGAACAGAGGGAACCAGCCCACUGCAUCACAGCAGGCGCCCAGUGACACCAUGAACAGAGGGAACCAGCCCACUGAAUCACAGCAGGCGCCCAGUGACACCAUGAACAGAGUGAACCAGCCCACUGCAUCACAGCAGGCGCCCAGUGACACCAUGAACAGAGGGAACCAGCCCACUGCAUCACAGCAGGCGCCCAGUGACACCAUGAACAGAGUGAACCAGCCCACUGCAUCACAGCAGGCGCCCAGUGACACCAUGAACAGAGGGAACCAGCCCACUGAAUCACAGCAGGCGCCCAGUGACACCAUGAACAGAGGGAACCAGCCCACUGCAUCACAGCAGGCACCCAGUGACACCAUGAACAGAGGGAACCAGCCCACUGCAUCACAGCAAGCAUCCACUCCAUCUCUGAUCUUUCUUCUGAUGAUGAGGAACUAAACCAGGCUAUAAUGGCCAGCCUUGAGAGUCAUACAUAAGUGACUGGCAACAGGCCAUCUGAAUUCCAAAACACUAUAUCAGCACAGGAGAUACUGCUCAGUCUUGCAUCUCAAACUGACAGCAGCCAAAGAUGCAGGUUCAACAUCAAUAGGUCUUCAGUCCUAGAUGGUGCUAUUUGGGGAGUUGUCCUACAAUCCCAAAUACCAGAUGUGCAUCAAGUUUUCAGAUGACUUGGGAAUGGAUGAAGAGGCUGUGGACCUUGGUGACCCAAGGAGGGAAUUUUUACGAUUGCUCAUGGAGGCCUUGGUGCUGUCACCAUUGUUUGAGGGAAGGGACAGCAAAUUGAAUUUGGCCCUGGACAGUUCUGCUUUAAGAGAAGAUCGGUAUUUUAUUGCUGGUCAGGCUAUUGCUGUAAGCCUAGUUCAUGGCGGUCCUCCACCAGGUUUCAUUUCACCAACAUUGUACUCUUGUCUAGUUGGUGGCAUGUCCUCAGU